UUCAGUUAUUAUUUAUAGCUGGUUGUUGUUUAUGUGCAGGAUGGAUGGUUCAAGAGAAAAUUCCUCUAGGAAAAGGAGAAGAAAGGAGCAUUGUCAGUUAUGUCUACAUUGUAAUCAGCCUUUACCAGAUGGCUUUCCAGUCAGAAGCAAAGGAGUUAUUUGGUUGGUUCAGGUCUAGUCUUAAGUCUACUUUAUCUGAGGUAACUAAUCAGCUCAAAGCAAUAUACACUAAGGUUUCGAAGUCUUCUGCACAAUCUGUGUUUUCAUCUUCUGUUUCGUCAUCCUUUGAUGAUGAGGUGGCGACAUCCAGCAGUUCAGUUAUGCCAGAUAAAGGAGCUCCAGAAGAUUUGUAUUUGUUGAGGAAAGAGAAAACUCAUUCCUUGAUCAAAUCUGUAAAGAAAACGGUCAAAUCUGUAAAGAAAACGGUUGAAGGUGAGCCGUCUGAGGAGAGUUUACCUAAAAAAGCAGCUCUUUUUUAUUUUCCUGCAGCUGGUCCUUAUUCUCUUCCAGGUCAACCUCUUUUGGAUCAUCUUAUUAAGGCCUAGUGGCGUAAGCCAGAGAAAAAAUCGGAUAUGGGGGUCAAGAUUUAAAGCCGCUUAUAACAUUGAUCCGGGGAGCUCAGAGGCAGAGGUUCCAUUCCUAAGGUAGACUUGGUGGUAAUGAGACUUUCAAAAAAGUCUAUGUUUCCAUCUGAGGAAGGCUCUCUCCUAAAAGAUCAGAUGGACAGAAGGGCUGAAGGUUCGUUGAAAAGAGUGUAUUCGGCUGCCGCCAUGUCUUGCAAAGCCUCUCUUGCAUCGGUCCCAGUGGGAAGAGCUCUCUGGAUGUGGCUUUCUCGCCUUACAAGAGAUCUCCAGGAGGGUGUUCUGAGGGAAGAAAUUUUGAAGGAUCUUCCUGGCAUGAAGCUUGUGCAGAUUUUUUGUCAGAUUUUCCACUUGACAUUUUAGUAGCUCAAUUCCAAAAUUCUGGCCAAUUCAACACCAGCCAGGAGAGCUCUCCGGCUCAAUGAGUGGUCAGGAAAUACCAUGGCAAAGAACUAUUUUUGCUCUCUGCCCUUCGAAGGGGGAAAUCUUUUUGGUUCUCAACUGAACCCAAUUCUGGAAGGAAUGAGCAAUAAAAAAUUAGCAUUUUUCUCUAAUGCCCACAUUUUCUUCAAGGCAGGAAACAAUUUAGGUAAUCUCCUCAACAUAGAAGGUAUUUUGCGCAGAGGAAUAGUCAACAAAAACAGGCUCGUAAUCAAGCCACAUCUUUCAAGAAAAAGUCUCCUCUGGGUGGAGACAAAUCAAAGGGCUUUUGACGCCAGCCUCACAGUCCCCAAAGUCGGUGCCAGGCUCUCUCUAUAUUCCUCAGUUUGGUCUCCAACAUCCUCUGACUUGUGGGUGGCAUCUGUAACCUCCAGAGACUAUGCUUUGGAGCUGAAAGUUCUUCCUCCAGACAGUUUCUUUAUCAACAGAGGAAAUGUUCAUGUAAAUUCCCUUGUGGCAGGGUUCGUCCAAAAAGGCACCCUAGAGCCUGUUCCAAUCGGGCAAAAAAGGUCUCGAAGUCUACUCCAGAGUCUUUGCAGUGCCCAAAACAGAGGGUACUUGGAGACUGGUUAUAGACCUUACUACCCUGAAUACAUUCAUAGUCAAGAGAAGAUUCAAGGUGGAGUCAAUCUGGUCAGUUGUGGCAGUGUUGGAGCAAAACAAUCUCAUGGCUACAAUCGAUUUAAGGGAUGCCUAUCUUCACAUCCCCAUAUGACACCGGAGAUUCCUUAGAGUAACUCUACUUAUGGAUCACCAAGUCAGACAUUUACAAUUUACAUGCCUCCCGUUUGGCCUGUCAUCAGCUCCACGGGUGUUAACAAAGAUGGCAGUGGUCCUAGCGGCACAUCUGAUACUGUAGGGAGUGAACAUCAUCCCGUAUUUGGAUGACUGGCUGAUUCUGGCUCACUCCAGAGAUCUUCUCCAUCAUAUUCAGAUCAUGAUCUCAGUGUUGGAGGAACAUGUAUUUCUAGUGAACUAUCAGAAGUCUCGUCUCACUCAGACAUCCACAAGUUUCUGGUAUUCAUAAUCGAUUCAUCUGCCAUGAGGCUGUUUCUCUCGGAGGACAGGAGCCAGAAGCUGAAGGUUGUCAAACUGAUCAACAGCACAGAAAUGGCAGUUUGGUCAGCUAUGAGUGUGCUAGGUCUGAUGAUGUCCUCGCUGGAUGCGGUGCCAUGGGGAUGAGCUCACAUGAGACCUCUACAACUGGACAUCUUAACCAAAUGGAACAGGAGGCCUUGGGGAUUAGACAGGACAAUGUCCUUGUUUGACUCCAUGAGACAAGAUCUUUCCUGGUGGUUGCGUCUGGACAAGGAUCACAGGGUCCUGAUUCAGUCAGACAACCUCCCGACAGUGUUCUAUCUAAAUAAGCAAGGAGGAACGAGAUUGUCCCAAAUGAUGGAGUGAAAACUUAUUAUAUCCUGGGCAGAGGACCACCUCAUCGACUUGCAUGCUGUCCAUAUUCGGGGUUCCUUGAAUCCCCAUGCCUCAGCAGGAAGGAGGUCAAUCCAGCGGAGUGGAGCCUGGACGAAUCAGUCUUUCAUCAAGUAGUCCAGAGGUUUGGUCUGCCAGAGAUGGAUGUCAUGGCAACCAGAGCCAAUCGGAAGCUUCUGCACUUUUGCUCCAUUUAUCGGAGGGACCACCCAGACCAUCUCGACGACCUGUCUUUCUCCUGGAACAACAGAUUUCUCUAUGCUUUCCCUCCAUUCCCGAUGAUCCCUCGGAUGCUUCUCAAGAUCAAGCAAGACAAGGACAAAGUACUAGCAAUUCUUCCAUUUUAGCCAAGGAGGUUGUGGUUCCAGCUCACAUUAAUGCUUUCGAGGGUCUGUCAUUGGGAACUGCCAGCCCAUCCGGACCUGCUUCUUCAGGAAGGACUGUGUCAUCCUGCUCUCAACAAGUUAAGACUCACAGCCUGGCUCCUGAGAGGCUAACCCUGGUUUCCAAAGGCCUAUCAGAAGAUCUCAUUGACUUACUAUCUGCUCCAAAAAAAAACUCCACCCUUAAAGUUUACUCUAGAGUGGUCAAAGCCUUCCAAGCCUGGUGUAUGGAACAUCAUAUCACCAAUCCAAAUAUAUCACAAGUGCUUCAGUUUCUAAAGGAAGGUUUUGAUAAAGGACUCAAACCAAACACUAUCCAGGUACCGUUUUCAGCUAUCAAUGAUUUUCAGCUAUCAAUGAAGUUCCCUUUCUAAUAAUCCCUUAGUGAAAUUUUUUUUAAAGCUUUUUCAAAUCUCAGACCCACUGUUAGGCCACCUCUUCCUUCAUGGGAUCUACCAUCAGUCCUCAAAAUCCUGAAGAUUUGUCUUUUUGAGCCUAUUGUCAUUUCUGUCAUGAAAAGUUAUUUUUCUUGUGGCCAUGCUAUGUUACAUCAAUAAGACACAAUCCU